AUGGCCGAGGAAGGCGCUGUGGGCCGGCGCGGGGAGCGGGCUGAGGAAAGCCCGGCGGAGCGCGGCCCCGGCGCGGCUUUUCACAUGUUCGUGCUCAUGGAGGACCUGCUGGACAAACUAAAGCUGCUGAGCUACGAGGAGGAGGCGCUGCGGCGCCACAACAUGCGACCUAUCUCCAGGCACUACUUUGCACUGCCCACCAAUCCCGGUGAGCAGUUCUUCAUGUUCUGCACGCUCGCCGCUUGGCUGAUCAGCAAAGCGGGACAUCCCUUCGAGGAGCCGCAGGAGUGCGACGACCCCAACGCCGUGAUUUCAAAUGUGCUCUCAGAGCUGCGGUCCUUUGGAAGGCCUGUGGAUUUUCCUCCGUCAAAAUUAAAGACAGGCUGCGGAGAGCAAGUGUGCUAUGUUCUUGACUGUUUAGCUGAAGAAGCCUUGAAACACACUGGGUUUAGCUGGAAAAGGCCAGCAUACCCAACAGAAGAGCCAGAAGAAGAAGAAAUAACAGAAGAUGAUGACGCAGAAUUAACACUAAGUAGAUUGGAAGAUGAUGUUGCAGAAGAAGAGUCAGACAACGAAGAAAAUUGUAUUGACCUGAAUGUUUUAAAGGCACAAACGUACAGAUCAAACAUGAAUGAUACUGCAAAGCAAGAAGAGAUUUUACAGUCUACAAUAGAUGCAGCAGAGUGGAAUCUGGAAGUGGAACGUGUGCUUCCACAGCUGAAAGUCACAGUCAGGACUGACAAUAAGGAUUGGAGGAUUCAUGUAGAUCAGAUGCAUCAGCAUAAGGAUGGAAUUGACUCUUCUUUGAAAGAAACUAGAGGUUACCUUGACAAACUCCACAAUGAAAUCAGCAGAACACUGGAAAAGAUCAAUAGCAGGGAAAAGUACAUCAACAAUCAGUUGGAGCACUUGGUUCAAGAAUACCGUUCAGCACAAGCCUUGCUGAGUGAGGCUAAAGAGAAGUACCAGGAGGGAAGUGGAGGAGUAACUGAAAGGAUUAGAGUGCUUUCUGAGGUUACAGAAGCAUUAGAGAAAGUAAAGCAGGAAACAGAAGAGAAAGGAAGCAGUAUGACUGAUGGUGCUCCUCUUGUGAAGAUUAAACAGGCCUUAACAAAAUUGAGGCAAGAAACCAUUCAGAUGGACAUACAGAUUGGUGUGAUGGAACACACAUUGCUCCAGUCAAAGCUGAAAGAGAAAUCCAAUAUGACUAGAGAUAUGCAUGCAGCAGUGAUUCCAGAAGCCACAGUGAGCAGUAUUUUGCAGAAUCAGUGGAUCAGUUCUGUGUCUGAAAGUCAAGAUACUUGAUACAGUCAGUACUAUGAGCCAGUGUAAGUAUGUUGUGCUUCAGUAUUUCAUUUGCCAAAAAGAAAAAGCCCUAAACCUAUUGGAUUUUAGUAAGUGAAAGCUUUCUGCAAAUGUCGACUCUCACAAUUUACCUGUGCAAGAUACUGCUGCAAAUCUCUAUGAAUCACACUGGAAAUUGGUUUCCAGCUCCUUUUGCUGCCUACCUAUAUCCUCCCACAUUCAGCUGAAAUUAGAAAAGUUAUUAUUCAUGUUCUCUUUGUUAGGUGCUGUUGCUACUGCAUAUUUACUUCAACAGCGGCUUUACUUCAACUUAAUAUUUUGCAUUGCCUGCAAAGCGGCUCACUGAUGCUUUUGGAUUGCAAUGUUGUGUUGUAUAAAUGCUGUUUAUGUAAAUGCUUUUCUCAAAAAAACUCCUCCUUCAUGCUAAUAUAACAAACAUGAUUAAUCAAACCUUUUCCUUAUGAACUGAGCCUCUUAUUGUAUUAGAAGUGAAUCUGUUAAGACAAGCAUGGCCAAAAAUCCUCUAAUGUGACAAGAAUCUCCUGAAGAAAAGCCUCCUUUGUGCCGAAGUAAUUCUAAAAUAUCGUGCUAAUGAUCUGGAAAUUAUCUACAUUAUUUUUAAGGGUACUGUCUGAAACUGCCUUCAUUUAAGUAGAACAUUUCUGUCACUAUCUCAGGAGUGAUAUGUGGCCUUUAAUUGUCAUGUGGCAAAGAGUGGCAUUUGAGACUGUAAAAUCACUUGACCCUGCUGUGAAGGCAGCCUUACUGAUUCAGCAAGUGGCCUUCCUUAAAAGCAGAGGAGAGCAGUGAGGCCUGUCACAAGCAGCCUGAAAGGCCCUUCUAGAGAAGCAAAGAUCCGUGUAAUUAUUCCACUGCUGAAUCAGUGCAGGAAGCAGAAGCCACAUUAAAAUUAAAUCACUUGGUUCACGUUACUUCCUUCACUGCUCAUUAUCUAUGCAGUGUCAGAACAGAAGACCAGCAAAACAAAGAUGAUUCUAAGUUAGUAGGAUGCAUAUAAAGCUGUUCUAUAAAAGAGUCUCUCUUCAUCUGGAGAGGAUUUAGGAAAGAAAGACUAUUUGCAAGAGUUAACUUUUGUAUCCAGCUGUCCUCUUCCAAGGUCUCUUAAGAUUUUCAGUUCUCUGGAACAUCAGCAUGGAGGCAAAGUGUCACUGUCAGAUUGUACCUAGAAGCCAAGUAGAAGCAGCACAUAGACAGACCCAGAAGUCAUGCAGAGAGAAAGGAGGAGCUUCUUUUGCUCACUUUGGUUAGAGAAGCUGUGGGUUUUGUCCUUGCUGUGAGGACUGCAAUAGUUCAGUCUUGUAUGUGGCCCUGGUAUGAGCUGGCACUUGGCUCUUGGAAACAUUGAGGAAGGCUCAUCAGUAGCCAGUUCACUCUCCUGCAUGUACUCCUCAAAGUUGCAGGAAAGGAACACUUGCAGCGUAUUACUUCUUAGGGUUUCUUUAGCUCUGAAAUACCUCUGAGCCUCAUAACAUGACCCAAUGUCUUAUUUCCCUGUCUUUUGUUUAGGCUAGGAUGUAAGUGCCCUGCUGGGAACUGGAAAUAGCCUUAGUGCUAGGUAGUCUAUUAGAAGUGCUGUUUAUUGGCCAUUUAGGAUAUUUGAGACUGAUUACAUGCAUUACCUUUUUACUUUAAUAAGUAUAAUACCCCGCUCCCCAUUCUCUUCUAAUGUCAGAUAGCAUGGAUUGCUGUGCUGAUAAAAUGUGCAAAGGACUGUUUUUUUACCUUUUAAUCCAUUUCUUUCAGACAACCUCCUAUAGACUUGGUGACUUAACACUGAAAUUGCAAGAGUUUAGAAGUGGCUUUCAAUCAUAUGCUGAGAAUUCAUUGUUUCAGCACUGAGACACAUUAAUCAUUUGAACUUACAUUGCUGGGUGCUGUGCAGGAAGAUGAAUGAGUUCACAUGAGGUUGAGAAAUGACUGUUAUAAACAACUCCCAGAUCUGGUUAAAAUAUUCUCACUCCUGUCUGCUGAUGGCGUUAAAGGCCUUCCCCUCUUCACCCACACAAAAGAGGAACUUCAGGGAAUUUUUUUUCUUGAAAGGGAAAACAUUUAUGUCCACCUACUAUUAAACUUUGCCAUUUUUUUUGCAGUACAGCUCUACUGUGCACUACAACAUACAAGAAAAUCACUGUAUUGCUAAUUGUAAGUUACAGUAAGAGCAAGUAAGUCAUCUGUGCAUGACCUAUAAAAAAAACUAAGCAUAAACGAAGAGUCUGUGUGUGCGAACAUUUCCAGCUUCUGUGCUCUUUGAAUUUUGCAUCCAGAUUUUGCAUCCUGGGCUUCUCUCCAAGUUUGACAAAUGUUAAUUAGAAAAAGAAGGAGUCGGUUGAUGCUGUGCUGCCACGCUGGCCGCGUGCCCGCGCGGGGAUGUCAAUGCUGCAGUGUACCCCACAAGGCAGCUGCACGUGCAUGCGCACAGGCCUGCGCGCACGCCGGCCUCUCCCGGGGCUGGAACCAGCAGCACAACAGCAUACCUCUGAAAAGCCUGGCCUGCUUCCUGCAGCCUCACUGCUUUCCAUUUGUUCGCGGAUGGAUUUGUGUUUUAGG